UUUAAACAGAAAGGCUUCUGUCUCCAUGUUUGACAAUACCUCUGUAGAUCUUCGUUAGCCGCCAACUUGUGUCUAUAAUAAUUUCCUCCACUGACUUCAGUGGAUUCCGGAGCUCAUUCGGUGCAACGUCCCACACUCAAUAUGUCCGACGGGAAGGUCCACAUUUGCUCAGUAGGAAUGCGGUAGGCGGGGCUGCUAGGCUAGUGUCAAACUUUGGGAAUGACAGGAGUGCUGCAGGAUUCGCAAAGAAGGGGAAGUGUCGCCCUUGUUGGUCCUGUUUGGAUUACUUUGACUUGUUUUUACGCACAGUCUUUGGAUUCACCACCUUUCUACACAUAGUACGGCCUCAGCAGAUUCCUCAGCCAUGUCGGAGGACCUGAGCUCCCAACCCUGGUCCAUCAACAAAGAUGAUUAUGAGCUACACGAGGUGAUUGGGAGUGGAGCCACAGCGGUGGUCCAGGCAGCCUACUGUAUACCACGCAAGGAGAAAGUGGCCAUCAAACGCAUCAACCUAGAGAAGUGCCAGACCAGUAUGGACGAACUCCUGAAAGAGAUUCAGGCCAUGAGCCAGUGCCACCACCCCAACAUCGUGUCUUACUACACCUCGUUUGUGGUAAAGGAUGAGCUGUGGCUGGUCAUGAAGCUGCUCAGUGGCGGCUCCGUACUGGACGUGAUCAAGCAUAUCAUCUCGCGAGGUGAACACAAGACGGGCGUCCUGGACGAGGCCAGCAUAGCCACUGUUUUGAAAGAUGUGCUCGAGGGCCUGGAGUACCUACACAAGAACGGACAGAUCCACAGAGAUCUUAAGGCUGGAAACAUUCUCCUCGGGGACGAUGGUUCAGUGCAAAUUGCAGAUUUUGGCGUCAGUGCCUUCCUAGCCACAGGUGGUGACAUCACUCGAAAUAAAGUGCGCAAGACGUUUGUGGGAACGCCAUGCUGGAUGGCCCCGGAGGUCAUGGAGCAGGUGAGGGGUUAUGAUUUCAAAGCUGAUAUUUGGAGUUUUGGGAUCACAGCCAUCGAGCUUGCCACAGGGGCCGCACCGUAUCACAAAUACCCGCCAAUGAAGGUGUUGAUGCUGACGCUGCAGAAUGACCCUCCAACCCUGGAGACCGGCAUCACAGACAAGGAGAUGGUGAAGAAAUAUGGCAAAUCCUUCAGGAAGAUGAUCUCCCUGUGUCUACAGAAGGACCCAGAGAAAAGGCCAACAUCCUCAGAGUUGUUGAAGCAUAAAUUCUUUCAGAAAGCAAAGACCCAUGAGUAUUUACAUGAGAAGUUACUUCAGAGGGCGCCCACAAUAACAGAGAGGUCAAAAAAGGUACGUCGAGUGCCAGGUUCCAGCGGCCGGUUGCAUAAAACAGAGGAUGGCGAAUGGGAAUGGAGUGACGAUGAGCUGGAUGAAGAAAGUGAAGAGGGCAAAGCGGCUGUUGCGGCCUUAAGGGAGCAGCAGGGGAAGUCUGUUAGCGCCCCCAGGCGACAAGUGCGCUUCUCCUACCCACUCGAGCUGCCUGCGUCCAGGUCACCGCGAGUGAAGGAGGGAUCACAGAAUUCAGAGGUUUUCCAGACUCCGGAGCCCUUAAGUAGUCAACUCCAGCCGACGGCCGCAGGUCAGGCAGAACUACCUCAGGCUGCAGGCCAGGUUCCACUGCAGCCCACACCAGUCAACACUCAAUCCACUGCCCAGGCUGCAUCUCCCACACCGGGCGUACCUGCUGCUGCUGCUGCUGCUGCUGCUGCUCCCACACAGGUUCCAACUGCUUUAGGGGAUGCUAAGGCUCCUAUUAGUUUGGUAUUAAGGUUAAGAAAUUCAAAGAAGGAGCUAAAUGACAUCCGCUUUGAAUUUAUGCCAGGGAGAGACACAGCAGAUGGUGUGUCCCAGGAGCUGGUGUCAGCGGGCCUGGUGGAUGGGAGGGAUUUAGUAAUAGUUGCUGCAAAUUUGCAGAAAAUAGUUGAUGAGCCUCAAGCCAAUAAAAAUGUCACUUUCAAACUGGCCUCUGGAAUUGAGGGAUCUGAAAUACCAGAUGACGUCAAACUGAUGGGCUUUGCUCAGCUCAGCAUUAGUUAAACUGUUGUUCUACCUGGGACCGUGACUUGCCUAAAAAAUGUGAAAAUUUAAAAAAAAAAAAAAUAGUUUAAUGCAUUUUUUUUUUUUUUUCUAUGGCUGUAAAGAAACCACUACUGCCAAAGAAAACAGUACCGUUUUGUCACCAAUAGGAUUAUACAAUGCCGCCUCGUUGGCUUAGGUGGUCGGCUGAAGUAUCAGAACGUACAGUAUAAGAAUCACUCAAAAAAAAAAAAAGUUUACAGUGUAUACGUAGAAGGAUGCAACUAUCUACAGCAAACCGUUUUCAUUUCCCAUCCUGGUCGCCCUCAUUCUGUUAUCUUUUUCUCUCUAAUAUGUGAUGCAUUUGCACAAUCUAAACUAACACCCCUUGAAUCCUGAUAAGUGUAACAAUGCCUUAUAUUCAUCAGAACUACUGAAUGCACGUUUUGGGGAGGUCCCCAGUUACCAUAUAGAGCAUUAUGUUGUCUGAAAUGUACAAAAGUGGUUUCAAGUGCAGAUGUCAAACUUUUUCACUUUUAUUUUGAAACUGCAAACUAGAAUUUAAAUUUUGUACACAACCUGAAAUACUCUCUCACAAUGAGUUCUGUUACGAUGUGGCAAAGUUUAAUGUUGACUUUUUGUGAAAGACGUGAGCUCCAACAGUAAGCAAUCUUUAAAGGAUGAAGUUUUAUUCUGUAUUUUUCGCUUUUUUGUCGACAAAUACAAUUUAAAAAAAGACAAAAUAAAACUUUCCAACCUCGCUAUUGUGACCUUCACGUCAAAGCUAAUUGGUUCUGAAGGAGGAUUUAAAUCUUUAAAACUGGGGCAUCCAUAGGUAGUUUCAUUUUUUUAAAGCCAAAUAAUUUGCUGAAACACCAGGGCACUUUAAUUUUUAGAAAAUGUUACUCAAUGAGAAGUAAAUGGGGACUAUUUUCACCCGUGGAAUGAUACGCAUUUGGUGCACUUUGAUUGAUGAUUUUUUCUUUUUUCUUUUUUUUUUUUUACAGUAGAAGGACAGCAAAUGUGGAGUAGACUCAAUAAAAUACGGGUCACUGAAACAGCGUGGCUCACUGAUGUGUUUUUCAGUUUUUGGGCAAUAAAGGAGCACAUGAGGAAUGAGCUACCAGGAUACUGGACUCUGGCUACACUGUCAAUUCUUUUUAGUAGAAUCAAUUCAGGGGAUUUGUUGACCAGAAGAAAAGUAUAGAUAAAAAGAAGGAUAACUCACAAGACGUAUCCUUCUGAUACAAAUCUCAACUAAUUGACACAAUAAUACAAGUUAAAUAUUUAGGAAAAUAAAGUACAUGAUAAUACUCACCUCUUUUUUUUUUUAUUUUACCUGGUCAUAUGAGCUCAUUUGUCUUUUUGGUGCUACCAUAUUGUUGUCAAGACUUAAUUGAUGUAGAAUGAAAUCAGAAAGUCAACUUAGAAAAAACCAAAUUAGCUUUUUUUUUUUUUUCUAAAGAUUGGCUUCCUUUGAAUGUGAAUAUCCAUUGAAAAUUUGUUGUGAAGUAAAAUGUUUGACAGCAGCUGAAACCACUCAUGUCGUAUGAGCAGAUGUGUCUGUCUGUUUGGAAUCAGUUUCUCAAAUUCUUUAAAAAAAAAAAAAAAGAAAAGAAAAAAGACUUAAGUGCAUAUUUCUUUAUGUGGAUGAAAAUUAAGUUCUUGAUUUAACCUCUAGUAUGUAAAUAAUGACAUUUGGCUUUGAUUUGUUUUUAUACUGGGUGUUUCACUCUUGGCCUUUUUUCUGUCCUAUGACACGAUAGUGGGUUGUAGCGCCGCAUGAAGGAAGACGACAACAACACUGCAAAUUCGGCUUUGAAUUCCCCCUCAUUUUGCAGGACAAACUAUCACUUACUGUAUGUCAUGUAUGACGUUUAUUUACCUUUACUCAAAAAAAAAAAAAAACAAAGAAAAAAAAGUCAGCUUUUCACUUUUUGCCUUUUGAAAAGUUUGAAUUUAUUUUUGCCGUGGAGCCACAGCUGUCCUGAUGCACCGCUUAAUGCCUGUCCGCCAUAAAACUCCCCAAAUUUUUAGCUGAGAAAUUGUCUCCAACUCUUAAUAAACACCAAGCGGAGGCUGUUUACAGAAGUUAUUUUCACCCACAUCUCAAGUCAUAGAUACUGCGUUAGCACUUGUCACUUGUGAAGUAUUUUUUUUUUUUUUUAAUUAAGACGAACAUUUUACAUCAUCCGGUUAUGAAAAGCUCAGCUGUGAUUGUAAACCGUGCGAAAGAUCAGAAAUGUGUUUUUGGAUUGGGAUGAAAAAAAGUCCAUUAUCAGCACAGAUGUUACAUCCUUUUUUAGCCACUCUCUGGAUGUUUGUGUGCAUUAAUGGCAUGUCUUUGGUGGUGAGUGCGCAUCUCACAGUUUAUUGGCGCCGGCGGCGGCAGUGGCAGGUUCAUUCAACACUCUGCUCCAUUGUGUAGAUCUGAAAUGCCAGUAAGGUUUUACUGUUCAAUUCGGUGAUGUGGUAAUAUCGUAACCCUCCAGAUGCCAUAUUGAAUUAAUUUUUUUGCUUGCAGAUAAAAUGUUGAGAGGAAAUCUUUGUAUUUUGACUUUAAACAUGUAAAAAAAUUUUACGCUAGCCUUAAAUUGAAAAUGACCAAGUGUAUUUUUUUUUUUUGACAUAAUGUCAAAGUUUUGAUUCAGAAUUUCAGUGUCUUUGAAAUGUAGUUCUUGUUACACGUGAAGAUACCUGAAAUAAAGAUGCGCAGGUGUGUCGACCCUGUCUUCUCCUCGAAGGGGAAUGGCAAAGUCAGCAACCUAAUGUUACUCUUAAGUUUCUAAACUGCAGUAUUUGGUGCCAUUCUCCUGGUUUAGUCUGAAUCUGACAACAGCCAAGGACAGGAUAGGUGUGUAUGAGGGAUGUGUGUAUGUGUGUGUGUGUGUGUGUGUGUGUGUGUGUACGUGUGUGUACGUGUGUGUUGCAUAGAUUGAGCCCUGCUUCUAAUGGAGUUGAAGAUCUCAUGGCUUUGUUCUCAUCCUCUCUCCAACAGUCUCUUCUUUCCUGCUCACAUGUAGUCUAAAAAAAAAAAAAAAGAAAGAAAAAAAAAGGUUGGAGCAACUGAACAGAUGACCGACAAAAACACUUUUGUCCCGGCAAUAACUCAUCAAGGCUGUAAUAUAUUUGAAUUUUUCCACCUCUUUUCAGUUUUUUCAUUCUUUUCAUUUGCUCUAUUUUUGAUCGUUUUUGGAGUUCAAAGCAUGUUUCUCUUGAUUAUUUUUAAUCAAUAAAGAAUGAGCAUAUCAGCCUCUU